AACAUCGACAAGUCUGUAGGUCUGCUGAACCUAUCACGCAACCACGUUAAGCUAGACAAGGCCCAGUGCAACGCUCUGAGCCACGUCCACACACUCAUCCUGGACGUCAACCAUCUCAAGGAGUUCCCGGCCGAGCUAGCCUGCAUGUCCAGUCUCGAGGUGCUCAAUGUCAGCGACAACCGCCUGACCCAGGUGCCCGAGAGUCUCCUGCAGGUGACCAAUUUAACGGUAGGUGCAAGACGUGGUGUGUACAUAGAGUUGACGCUGGUGGGACUGUCGAAGUUUUGUGGUAUUGUAUAA